AACUAAAAAUCAAGUAGGCCUAACAGUCCCGGUUUCAACAGUCUAACAGUAAAUGGAAACUUAAGCAAUAACUGCCAAGCUUAAGCACUCAAAGAACAUUCUAGGAUUUUCUUUCACAGUGAAGAAGAGAAGAAGAACUGUAAUCACCAGCUGCAUCACAGGCACUGCACUCAAGAUGGCUCAGUACAAGGUGACCGUGUUCACUGGUAGCAUAGCCCAGGCCGGCACGAUGAACAAGCUGUACAUUAAGCUUGUGGGCGCGGAGGGGGAGAGCGAUCACCGCUGGCUAGCUAACCUCAAAGGUGGUUUCUACCAGGGUGCGGCGGACCUCUUCACCGUGCACUGCCCCGCCUCCCUAGGGAGACUACUGCUGGUCGAGCUGGACAAGAAGACCCUCCCUCUCAUGCCCCAGAACGCCUGGUUCUGCUCCAAGGUCACCGUGGAGACACCGGAGGGCGAGACGGCACAUUUCCCCGUUUACCGGUGGAUCUCCGACCAGGAAAAGCAUCUGUUCAGAGAGGGGACAGCUUAUCGAGUGUUUGAUGAAAAGCAUCCCUUGGCCAUAUACUGCAGGGAGAAGGAGCUGAAGUCCAGAGCCCAGGACUACAGCUGGGAUGCCCCUGGGGAGGGCCUUCCUCAUGCCAUCAAAGCAGAGAGCCCUCUAGAUCUGCCCUGCGAGGUCCGCUUCUCCUUCACCAAGACUACCCAGUUCCUCUUCACAGCAUCUUCAGCACUAACAGAGCUGAGCCUCAAGGGUUAUGCCAAUUCCAAGAAGCUGUGGAAGGACAUUGAUGACAUCGGCCAAGUCUUCACCUGCAACAGGACGCCGAUCUCAGACUACGUCCAGCAACACUGGAGGGAGGACGAGUUUUUUGGCUACCAGUUCCUGAACGGAGUCAACCCCACAAUCAUCCGACGGUGCUCCAAGCUGCCGGAGAAUUUCCCCGUCACCGACGACAUGGUCAGGGCCUCCCUGCGUGGAGCGAGUAGCCUAACUGACGAAAUCAAGAAGGGGAACAUCUACCUGGUGGACUACAAACAGCUGGAUGGAGUGACCGCUAACGUGAUCAAUGGGAAACAGCAGUACAUUACAGCUCCUCUCGUUCUGCUCCAGAAGACCCCGAACGACAAACUGAUGCCUGUUGCCAUCCAGUUGAAGCAGAAGCCAGGAGAGGACAACCCCAUCUUCUUCCCCAAUGACUCAGAGUACGACUGGCUGAUGGCCAAGAUCUUCGUGAGGAGCGCCGACUUCAGCGAACAUCAGCUGAACGCCCACCUGCUGCGUACCCACCUCCUCAGCGAGGUGUUUGCUGUGGCCUUGCUGCGCAACCUUCCCAUGGUGCACCCCCUCUACAAGCUCCUUAUUCCCCAUACCCGCUACACCCUUCAAAUCAAUUUCUUGGCCAGACUGCUGCUGAUAUCAAAGAAUGGAGUUUUCACUCAGUUUGCGGCGUCGGGUGGAGAGGGAAUGUUCACCAUCCUGCGGAGAGCGCUGUCCUCUCUGACCUACAGCUCCCUCUGUCUGCCGGAGGACAUCGCUGCACGAGGUCUGGAAUCCAUCCCCAACUUCUACUACAGAGACGACGGGCUCAGACUGUGGGAUAUGAUUCACAGGCUUGUCCAGGGAGUAAUCGGUCACUACUACAAGUCAGACUCUGACGUCCAGCAGGACUCUGAGCUGCAGAACUGGAUCAAGGAUAUCUUCAUCCAUGGAUUCCUGUCCAGGGCCAGCUCAGGAGUUCCCCAGUCUUUGGACACUGUAAAGGAACUCGUCAAGAUCGUCACCGUGGCGAUCUUCACCGGCUCAGCACAGCACUCUGCUGUCAACAGUGGACAGUUCGACUAUGGUGGUUGGAUGCCAAACACGCCCAUCACCCUGCAGCUCCCGCCCCCCAGCGGUAAAGGACAGUGCAACGAAGCCCUCCUGUUCAGAACCCUGCCGGACGUCAACACCACCGUCCAGGGCAUGUCCACCAUGUGGCUGCUCAGCAAGCAGUCCACUGACUUUGUCUCUCUUGGUAAAUACCCAGAGGAGCACUUCAGUGAGGACGCCCCCUGCAGGCUGAUAAAGGGAUUUCAAGCAGAGCUGAAGACCUUCAGUGAGUCUGUCAAGACCAGGAACUCCAGUCUGGAGGUUCCCUACACAUACCUGGAUCCUGAGCUGGUGGAGAACAGUGUGGCUAUUUAGACAGCAGACAGGGACCAUGGCCUCAUCCUGCUUAAAUAUACAUAAAUGUAAACACAAUGUUGAUGUUUGAUGUUUAUCCAAAUAACAUUUUAAUUAGAGAUUAAGACUUAUUUUGCAGCUCAAUAAAUAUAAAUUUCACAAA